UUCUUAUAUAUAUUCUGGAUAUUAAUCCUUUGUUGGUUCAAUAGUUUGCAGAUAUUUUCUCCCAUUCCAUAGAUUGUCUGUGCUGUUGGUUGUUCCUUUGCUGCUCAGAAGCUUUUUAGUUUGAUAUAAUCCCAUUUGUUUAUUUUUAUCUUAUUGUCUAUACUUUUCAGAUCUUAACUCAUAAAAUCUUUCCCCACAUCAGUGUCCCCUGUGUUUUCUUCUAGUAGUUUUACAGUUUCAGGCCUUACAAUUAGGUCUUUGAUCCAUUUUAAGUUGAUUUUCAUAUGGGGUGAAAGGUGGGGGUCUAGUUUCAGUCUUCUGCAUGUGAGUGUCCAGUUUCCUAGCACCUAAAUUUAAAUUUCUAGUCCAAUUUUUUUUUCUUAUAUUCUCAUAAGGUGAAAAGAGAAAGCUCUUAUUUUUUACAUUAAUGUGUGAUUAGAUUUACUUAGUAAUGAAUGUGAUUUUUUUCCUUCCAGAAGAGAAAAUGUGAUUUUUAUUAACUAAGGUAAUUUUUCGAGUUUUUUUUUUUCUACUACAGUAAGUGAAGUAUUUCUUGAGAAGAAUACAAAUUCUCUACUUUUAUUACUGGCAGGUGGAAUGUAGUCAUGUAUUACAAGAAUGAAUACUUAUGAAUAGUAAUUUGUUUCUCCAGUGUUUACCAUAUACUAGGGAUGAUACUUAGUAUGUUGCAUAUUUUGUGUCACUUGAUCCUUCCAGCAUCGUGAUGAUAACAUAGCUACUAUUAUUAUCCCUGUUUUACAAAUGAGAAAACUGACAUUCAGAUAGGUUAAAUGAUUGAUUCAAGGUAACACAGCAAGUGGCAGAUUUUAGACUUGAACAACCGUGUCUUCUGACACCUCCAGCGUUUAUGUAUCUUGUCAUUCACUGGUAAAGGAGAGAGUAUUUCUGGACUUUUUCAGUAGCUGAUAUCUGAGCUGUUCCAUCAGCCAUCUUGAUGGCUGGAAGUGCAGAAGAGGAUGGGCGAGACUCCAUCAGCUCACUAAGAUCCUGACUUGGCAAAAUAGACUCAGUUUCAUGAUAGACUAGAUGGUGUUGUAAUAUAUAAAUCCUACCAUUGGGCCUUUUGUGUGUAGUUUGGUAGUGAGUAUUGUGUAAUUCCCUCCUUCCAUUUUCUCACUGACUCUUAAAAGACUCAUAAGCCAUGAUUAUUAUACUACUUAGUGUGAUUGGAAGCACCACAUGGUGCAGAACUCUGAACUGAAUGAUGUAAGUAUGGUCAGGUGACUAGUCUUUGGGCCUGAGAAGUUUAUUGAGAUUGGAUGGGAUAGGUGUAGGGAAAUAUAAGGGAAAGAACAUUUUUUAAUGGCAGAAAUUUGCUUUAUUUUGUAUUUCAUAGAAACAUUUAUAAAUUGCCAAAUAUUUUACCAUCAUAUCAAAAAAAGUAGAAUUUCUGAGAGAAGUUUGAGGUCUACCAUUUAUUCUGCUGGCAUUGUAAAGGGAUGUGGGUUCUGAAAAUAAGUAUAGCAUGCAAACAUGAGUAAUGAAAAAGAGACCUACUGCCUGUGACAUUCAUUUGGUGGAAGAGUUCUGCUGCUUUGAGGUAUUUGUAAAACUUAACCAGAGUAAAUGUUAUUUAGUUCAAUUUGGGGGGAUAAGGUAACUUAAUUUUUUGUUUUGUUUUGUUUUUGAGAUAGAUCCUCACUCUGUCACCCAGGCUGGAGUCCAGGGGUGUGAUCUCGGCUCACUGCAACCUCUGUCUCCCGGGUUCAAGUGAUUCUCCUGCCUCAGCCUCCCAAGUCGCUGGGAUUACAGACAAUCUGCUUCAUCUUGAUUCUGCGGCAUUCCAAACUGUGGUAUCCUUGGGGGCUCUCUUAACAUUGCUAUGGUGCAGAAGAUUUAAAAUCAGCUGAUGUUCACAAGGAAUAGAGUCACGUGAUGUAUGAAGGGAAACAUAUACACUUCUCUGAGGUUGACAAUAAGCCCUUGUGCUCAUAUAGCCCCAAACUGUGCAAGCAGAGGCGACUCAACGGCUACGCCUUCUGUAUCAGACACGUUCUGGAGGACAAGACUGCCCCCUUCAAGCAAUGUGAAUAUGUGGCCAAGUAUAACAGCCAACGCUGCACCAACCCCAUCCCCAAAUCAGAGGAUCGUAGGUACUGCAACAGCCACCUGCAGGUACUUGGCUUUAUCCCGAAAAAAGAGAGGAAGAAAAAGAAUGAUCCUAUAGAUGAGGUGAAGGUCAGGCACCAGAUGGAUACCAUGGCCUUUAGCCUGACAGUGCCCACGUUGGCCUUGAAGAUGCCCAACGGACUGGAUGGAAUGUCCCUCUCUCCACCUGGGGCAAGGGUCCCUCUCCACUACCUGGAAACUGAGUUGGAAGACCCAUUUGCUUUCAACGAGGAAGAUGAUGACCUAAAGAAAGGGGCAACUGUGAGAAAGAAGUUGCAGAGCAAGUUGGCCCAGAAUCGGCAGCGCCAGAGAGAGACAGAGAUUUUAAAAGUUCGACAAGAGCACUUUAGUCCCCCUCCUGCACCUUCACAGCAGCAGCCUCCGCAGCAGCACUCCCACCUGUCACCUUUAUCCACUUCUUUAAAACCUCCAGCGCCACCGCAGGGUUCAGUCUGCAAGUCACCUCAACCUCAGAACACCAGCCUACCAAUGCAGGGAGUGGCACCCACCACACACACUAUAGCACAAGCACGGCAGUUGUCUCACAAGAGGCCUCUGCCCCUCCUGCCAUCCAGUAGGGCUCCCACUGUGGACCCACCCAGGACUGACCGGAUCCUCAUGAAAGCCACAGCCUUCUCUCCACACUUCUCAUGUAUAAGCCGACUGCAGAGACUGGUGAAACUGUGCACCCAGAAACAUCAGUUGGACACUGAUCUGUUUCCCCAUUUAGGUUUGGACUGGUCUGAAGAGAGCGGAGAGGAACCAGAGGACUCAGAGCAGGCCUCGCCCUACCAGGUUGCAUGGUCCAUCCGGGAAACCCUCAGAUAUCAAAGACAUGCGUCAGAUGAUGAUGAUGCGGAGAGUAGGAGCUCCAGGGUGACCCAACUUUGCACUUACUUUCAGCAGAAAUAUAAGCACCUGUGCCGCCUGGAGCGGGCAGAAUCUCGUCAAAAGAAAUGCCGGCAUACAUUUAGGAAAGCUUUGCUGCAGGCGGCCAGUAAAGAACCAGAAUGCACUGGUCAGUUAAUACAAGAACUGCGGAGAGCUGCAUGCAAUCGAACCAGCAUAAGCCGGACCAAGUUGAGGGAGGUGGAACCAGCAGCAUGCAGUGGAACCGUGAAGGGUGAACAGUGCACUAACAAAGCCCUUCCAUUCACCAGACAUUGUUUCCAACAUAUCCUCUUGAACCACUCUCAGCAGCUCUUCUCAAGUUGCACAGCCAAGUUUGCAGAUGGACAGCAGUGCUCUGUGCCAGUUUUUGACAUUACACAUCAGACACCUCUGUGUGAAGAACAUGCCAAAAAAAUGGAUAAUUUCUUGAGAGGAGAUAACUCCCGUAAAGUUCAGCACCAGCAGCAGAGGAAACCCAGGAAAAAAACCAAGCCUCCUGCACUAACCAAAAAACACAAGAAGAAGAGAAGGCGUGGACCUCGUCGACCCCAAAAACCCAUUCCCCCUGCAGUCCCCCAAGGGAACCUCAGCAUGCCCGCCAGCGUCUCACUGCCAGUGGAGGCCUCUCAGAUCCGGAGCCCAUCCACGCCAGAGCUGAGUGCUGAUGAGUUGCCGGACGACAUUGCCAAUGAGAUCACUGACAUUCCACAUGACUUGGAAUUGAACCAGGAGGACUUUUCAGACGUCCUGCCACGGCUACCUGAUGACUUACAAGAUUUUGAUUUUUUUGAAGGGAAGAAUGGAGACCUCCUCCCAACUACCGAAGAGGCUGAGGAGCUUGAACGGGCCUUGCAGGCUGUAACUUCUCUCGAGUGCCUGAGUACCAUUGGGGUCCUUGCCCAGUCAGAUGGUGUGCCAGUCCAGGAGUUGUCAGAUAGAGGAAUAGGGGUGUUCUCCACAGGUACUGGAGCUUCAGGAAUACAAUCCUUGAGCCGAGAGGUGAACACAGACCUAGGGGAGCUAUUGAAUGGGCGUAUAGUACAUGAUAAUUUUUCUAGUCUAGAGCUGGAUGAGAACCUGCUCCGUUCUGCUACCUUGUCAAACCCACCUACACCCCUGGCAGGGCAGAUCCAGGGGCAGUUCUCUGCCCCAGCCAACGUUGGCCUUACUUCUGCCACUCUGAUCAGCCAGAGUGCACUUGGGGAGAGAGCCUUCCCAGGACAGUUUCAUGGACUUCAUGACGGCAGCCAUGCCUCCCAGAGGCCACAUCCUGCCCAGCUGCUGAGCAAGGCAGAUGACCUAAUCACCUCACGACAGCAAUACAGCAGUGAUCACUCCCACUCCUCGCCCCAUGGAAGCCAUUAUGAUAGUGAGCAUGUGCCGUCUCCCUACAGUGACCAUAUCACCUCUCCCCACACAACAUCGUACUCUGGUGAUAAUAUGGCAGCUACCUUUUCAGCAGAGAUGCCCAUCAUGGCGCAGCACUUGCUCCCAACCCAACUUGAGGUGCCACUUGGAGGCGUGGUAAACCCCAGAACUCACUGGGGCAAUCUCCCCGUCAACCUUGGAGACCCCUCUCCAUUUAGCAACCUUCUCGGCGCAGAUGGACAUCUUCUUUCCACUUCCCUAUCCACACCACCCACCACUUCGAACUCAGAGACCACACAGCCUGCCUUCGCCACCGUGACCCCCAGCAGCUCCAGUGUGCUUCCGGGGUUACCACAGACCAGCUUCAGUGGCAUGGGGCCUUCUGCUGAACUAAUGGCCUCCACCUCUCCCAAGCAGCAACUCCCUCAGUUCAGCGCAGCCUUCGGCCACCAGCUGAGUUCUCACAGUGGCAUUCCUAAGGACCUGCAGCCCAGCCACAGCUCUAUAGCCCCUCCUACAGGCUUCACAGUAACAGGUGCCACAGCUACAAGUACCAAUAAUGCAUCUUCUCCCUUUCCCUCCCCUAACUGAGGGUGUCUGUGUGUUUGCAGGCAGGUGGGGAACCCAGUGUUUUCUAUGUUUGUUUCCUCUUUAGCACCCCUCUCCCCUUUUCCGAAAGAAGAUAUAACAGAUGGGGAUUAGAGGGGCACCCCCCUUCCCAGUUCAAUGAGUGGCCCUGCAGUGGACCUCGCUACAGUGUUCACAUGUGCUUCUCAGCACUGGUGCUCAUUCCCUCCUGGCAGGCCCACUCCGCCCCAGUGGUUUCCUUAGUGGUUCAGCACAGUGACUGGAUAGGAUUGAUUUUUAGCAGCAAGUCCUAGAAGUGGAAGAUACCUCAGAAUACCAGUGCCCUUUACUAUUUCCUAGUAUUCAGAUCAAUGCUUUCCAUUCUAUUGCCAGGUUUUUACAUAGGUGGUUCUAGAUAGAGUGAUCUUAUUAAUUGAGUUCCUGUAUAAGAGACAGCAAAUGGUGUGUGGCAGGUCAAGACUGACUUAGCACCAACUGCUAAACACCACAGUGAGGCCAGGAUUCCAUUCCUAAUUGUGAUCAUGUUUAACUAAAAGAAAAAAAUGUGUCUUUUGACUGCCUGUGAGUAUGCGUGUGCCCACGCGUGUGUUUUUGUGCAGUGCAGGAAGCGGCUGUCCCAUUAGUUUGCGUUUUGUUUGUUUGUUUUUUUCCCCCUCUGUAGUGACUAUAAGACUCUUACUUUUCUCCUCUCCUACAUCUCACAAUCCUAAUAAGGUUGGUCCUUCUUUUCCUCAAGUUUCCUGAAUAGGGAGGGUGGUGGGCUGGUCAUGUGAAUAGCACAACCUUUUUCUGCUAAAAGUUAGCCCAAGAAGAAACAGAACAUAGAAAGCUUGGAUUCCUGUCAGUGAGGUAGGCAUGUCCUGAAAAGCUUGCCUGGGACGACUGCAGGCUCCUGGGGUUCUGGGACCUAAUGGUCACUUUGUCUUUUCAGACAUAUGUUUCUAAAUCUCUCUCUCAUGGAAUACAUUUGCAAGAUGUAAUUAAAGAAAAUAUUUUGAUGUGAAAAAGCAGGAUAGGUCAGAUAGAUUUGAAAAGAUGGGAUCUGUGAACUCCUUGAUCCAUCUUUUGCUUUUGAAUUUUUCAUGUUUACAGUAGUGAUUCUUUGGUAAGAUUUGUAAAAUGUUGCAGACACUUGUAGAAUCAGUGUACCAGUUGUGAAGUGACGUGUGAUAUCUGAAGGAUACACAUUUUAAAGUUUCUUUCAAAGCAGAAUAUGGAAAUUAGACAUAAAUUUUAUUUGCCCUUUGGUACUUUUAAAAUAAUUUAAGUACUUGGGUUUAAGUAAAUUUGAAAAUAGUUUUGGGAAAUGUUUUUAAAAUCCAGGAUUUUAGGGUUAAAAAUCAUAUUGGGUAGUUUAGGGAGUUCGUGACUAUGAAAUGAAUUUGUGAGGUUUCUUGCCUACCUUUUUUUUCCCCCCAGAGAAGGGUGGAACUAGAUUUUAAAGGCAUCUCUACUCUGCUUUUGCUGAGUAGUUUCACUGUCCCUUGAGAUACCAUUGGCUAUUUAUACCUGAGUCUAGUCUAAUUCACAUAUAUACAUAUUUUAAAAGUUAAGUAGAGAGAACAUACCUAUUGAUGUGGUUCAGUAAUUCAUUUGUCAGGGAAUAUUUGAUCUUAAUUCCUUUCUAAUAGGUAACGAUUGGAUGUAUUUUCCUACUUCCUGUAUGUAUUCUCUUUAUGCCAUGCUAGUUCUAACCAGUCCCUUCUUUUGAAAGCUUUUCUUUCUCUGCUUUUUAAAGGAAUGAUGGUGAUCAGUAGGCAUUAUGCAGAUACCACGUGCCUGAGGUUAUGGAGGGGAAAUGUCACAUGACUGUAUGAAAUCAUUAUAUGCCCUAUUUUGUAUUUAUUGAUGUUUCUUUUUGUGGGCCAAAAAUAUGUUUGUAAUAUAUUUAGUUUUUUUAAAAUCAUGGUAAUUGAUUGGAAGAUUUAUUUUUAAUAGCUUUGCCUUUUUUGCAGAGUGCAAAAUUUCUAAAUUAUAACUUAUGUCAUAAAGCAAAAUUAUAUUUGGUAUCACCAUAAAUUUCUAUUCUGAAUGGUGAGGACAGAUAAUUUGAAUAUUUCUCACCUGUGAAUCUAUAUUAGUAAGCUUUUUUAUUUUAAUGUACUGUAAUGAAGUGGUCACGAGUAGUUACCUCUGCUCAAAAAUGUCAUUUAGUUUGUUAAACUAUUUUCACAACCCAUCGUAAGCAUCACUAGGUAACUAUCCAUUCCCAGCAAUUCAGUUUAGUCUCCAUUGUGUAUUUAAAGGUUGUCGCAGAGCAGCACAUUGACUUCCUCAUCAGCCCUUUGACAGCGAAGGGAAAGUCGUGGGUAGUCGAUUUGAACUUUUUCUAUCUUUUUGUCCCUCAUGUUAGCUGCUUGAAAUUCUUCAGUUAUGAUACAAAGCUGAGUUUACAGUAAGUUGCACAUUUUAUUGUUUGCAAUUUUCUGUUUUAUGUGCAUUUAAAAGCCCUUCUCUGCUUUCUAGUAAGGAGGCAUGAAAUUAUCAGGAAUGUUGCUAGUUACAGCUUCACACCAAAAACUUUGAGUAAAUACAUUUUCGUUUGGAUGCCCGUGAUGAAAGCUGAGGAAAGUGGUUGAGGAAUUAUCAACAACAAACUUCUCCUCUGUUUUAUCUAGUUCAAAACAGAUAUCAAAGUUUGCAAUUUGCUUUGCUCUUGCUGUUUCUUAUGAGUCCCUUUUUGGAAGAGAGGAGAACAUCUAUAAGCCCAGAGAGAUCUGUGUUUUUCUUUUAGUUAAUAGAGCCAUUCUUGUCUAUUAGUAGUAACUUUGCUAUUAAUAUGUAUAGAAAGGAAUGAAGUGUCUUUUACUCCAGAAAUAUGAAAAUUAGUAUCUUUUAAGGUAGCUCUUAUGCUAUCAUAAGGCAAUACUGGAAUCAAAAACAAAUCUUAUAUAAGGUCCCAAAUAGGUAGAAACUAGCUGUUAUUCUAGUGUUAAACCCAUGAGAAAUAGUGGCAAAGAAGCUUCACUCUGUUUCUGCAGUUCUUUGGGACUAUUUAUAAAGGCCAGUUAGAUUGUGUUACUGUGAUUUAAUUUACAAAGUUGCUGCAGUUAAUGGAUACAUUCUGUUCUCUGAGAAUCUGAAUUCCAUUCUAAUGUGUGAUAUUCACUGGCUGUGAUCAGUAGCAUCGGAAGAAAAGAUGGGCUUUCUCUACUCUCUCUACAUAAUUAUUAAUAUUAUUUUAAUUAAAGUGCUUAAGACAUUGUUUUUUCUUCUGUAAAAAUGGCUUAGCAAUUUGCACAUCUGGGUAGGUUAUGUAGCUAGUAAACAACUCAUAAUAGUAAGUAGCAAUUAUACUUAACCCACCAAGUGACAGACUAUGCAAUGGAAAAAUUUUCUAAUUAUCGUCACAUAGCUUAGACAGCAAAGGAUUAUUUUCUCUGGUAACCUACCAUGUGUGAUAUAACUGCUUUAUAAAUGACUUCCUGAGCAAUUUCAUGUUGGCAGGCAGUGUGGUGUGUCUAGUGUCCCUCUAUGAGAAGACUAUAAUCAGAAACAAAUAGUAGGCAUAGGGAGCAAGUUGGAAAGUGAGGUUAUUGGGUUUUUUUCCCCUUAAAAUUGGUGUUACUGUCUUUAGUGUCUUAAGGCUAAAGAAAGCUAAUACUUUAUCUUUGCCAAAUAAUUAUUUAUAAGAUUUAUUUUUAAAAUAAGCCCAGUCUCUCAUCUGAAAGUUAAGAAUCAUCAUUUUCUGUGACUGACACUAAAGCUCUUCCUUAUCAGAGCUUGUUCUCAAUCUGUGAUCACAGUCCACAGUAGCAAAGACAGCUCUUUGAUCAGGAAGGAAACCAUGUUUGUGCUGCACAGAGGUGCCCUGUCCAUACACUUUUAUUUUUACAUGAAAGAAUUGACCUUUCCGUUGACCUGUACCAUUCUGUUUUUAUAAAGUGGAUUAGAAUUUGAGCAUAUCUAGUAAAUGUCGUGUGGUCAGUCCGCCGGUGCUUGCCCGCCAUCUUUCCCGUGCCUUGGCAUCCUAGGGGUGCUGGUGAUGGUCAGUGGGCGCCAUCAGUCGGCAGUGCACGUGUAAGGCAAUCUCCUCUCCUCCAGGUUAGUUCAGAAGGUCGCUAUGGGUUGGUAUUGCAAAAAGAUGAGUAUAUUAACACUAAACUUACUAAGAGGUUUGAAAUUCAUUAAAAAUUAGUUUUCAGUUUCUUCAUCUUUCUUUUAGACUUCUUUUAAAAUUCUCUUCUUAAUCUGGUAUAUAUAGAAAUCUAAUAUUAUGGUCUUCUAAAGAACUCUCCAGUUUAAUGAGGCAAUUUAGAGGAUUCCUUGAAAGAAAAGUUAGUCAUACUGAACAGUCUUCAUUUGUAUCUCUUUUAUUACCAGUAUUUACAUUGUUCUCAGGAUAUUUUUCCUGACAAAAAAAUAUAUUUCUUGGGGGUGGAGAGUUAUAUAUAUAUUUACAUGAAAGAACAUAGAUGUUUCCCCCCUCCCAAUACAUUAACUGAAUCUUCACUGGCUUUCUGUAGAAAAGCUAAACAGUUUAAUAAUGUCUUAAUAUCUUUAUAAAUUUUCCUAUAUUCUGGAGGAAACCAAAAUCAUGUUUAGUAGAUUAAAGUAACGUUUAAAAUACAAUAAUUUGUAAUGAAAUGCCAGUGAAAGACAUGUUUGGAUAUCUGUUAAGCAUUUCUCCCUGACUAAUGAAUUAGGAAAGAAAACAUCAAACUUUAAUGAAUAGUUCUGUCUCUUCUAAUAAACAGUGUCAUUAACGCUGCAGUUGUUUGUGCGUCAAACUUAGGGAGCCUUAUUUCUACAUAGCAAAAAAUCUGUUUUCACUUCAGCCCUUAUCUUUUUGUUAGUUUUUCUCUGCACUGUGAUACAGAGCUAAUAAGAGGAAAUGUGACGUUUCAGAGAGAGAGCAAGCAAAUUGGGUAUGACUUUUUUUACCCUAUGUUCCCCAAUACUGGGGAUGUUUGGCUACUUUGAACACAGUUUUGAGUGACCUAAAGUUUAGAACAAUACUCGUAUAAGAGAAAAAUCUAUCUUAACUCUCAGUGAGCUCCAUAGGGCAGCACGGCUUUCCAUCUUCUCUUCCGCCUGCUUGCCUCUGCCCACUACAGUCCUGAAGAAUGCACAUGCACACAUGAUCUGUACCCAUCCCGGCUGAAGAGGCAUAGAAUCCUCUUCUUUCACUUGUUUCUUUUUUCUUCGUUUGCUUGUUUUUGUUUGUUUUUAAAGCUGGGGACCACUGAAGUAAGCUCUGUAUGCACCCAAAGUUCCCCUUGGAAAUUCAACACGCAGUGCAGAAGGCUCCAAUGCAGCUAAAUGCCACACCAUUGCUUUUACUUAGGGGAAUAGACUGAUUUGCCCUGAAAUGACUCCAACCUGCAUCAUUAAGGUACAGUUGGCUCCAGUGGAUUAGUGCUGAAAUGAUGGGAAGUCUGACACUUGUUGACAUUGUCUUCAUCUGUUUGGAAGGGUUGAAUCUGUUCCUCUCAACAGUGAUAGUUCUUUUCACUGUAUAGUAUUGAGUAUGUCUCAGGGAUUCCUUGUGGAAAUUAGGGCAGUUUUUAAAAUAAGAAAAUAGUUUUAAAAGAAACUAAAGGUGACUCAUCAUUGAAGAGAGCGGAAGAAAGAGGAAACUUUUGGUUUUGUAGCCCACAGUGUCUUGCAUAGGACUUUUUCCUUUCUCCUCCAGGCUCUCAUCUCAGCUUCAGAAUACAGAAUCCUUUCCCAUCAUGCACAGCUUUAAAACUUUUAUUUAAAAAUUUCCUUCCCCAAUGAGCUUUCAGAAUACUUAUUGUAGAUUUUAAGAGAAAAGGUAUAUUAAUUUAUGCUAUUAACAUCACCUCAUAAAUUAUAAGUUUUAUACUAAAGCUGUAUUGAGUGUAAUGAAUUAUGUUGCCUAUGUGUUUAAUAGCUAAAUAUAUAUGAGCUUUUUUUUUUUUUUUUUUUUUUUGACAAAACAAACUAGUGAAGCACCUUUUUACACUGGAUCUCUGCCGUGUCAAGGUGUAUAGCUAUCCUUUGCUACCUUGCAGAUAUAUAAAAUAAAAGGAUAUCCUGGGGCCUCAAAAUGUAGAACACCUUUAGACCAUUUAUAACUGUUCCUAGAACUGUUGAGAAUCAUGUUGUUUAGUAAAUGAUCUGUGGUUUACAUAAGAUGGCUAGAAGCUUAGUUACAGGGUACAUAGAAAUACAUAGAUCAAGUAAAACUCCAACUACUGUAGCUGGAAUUUGUAAACUAAGUUUUUAAGACCUCUUUUAUUUCCUAUGGAUUUAUUCUUUAAUUUACAGUUUAUUCUGUAAGUUGGGAAGUAAAAUAGAGAAAAUAAUAAAUCUAGAUGUUCUCAGUGUCUUAUUCAGGAACUUUUUAUCCCUCCUCACUAAGGAAUUCCCACUGUGACUUUAAAAUAGAAUUAAAUUACUCGUGUGCAUGUAUAUGUCUGUAUUUUUUACACACAUGCAAAAAUAUACAUUGGGGGCACGUGUGUGAGAGAUAUGAAUGUGUGCUUAUAUAAAAAUAGAUAAAGGUAACCGAAUGUAUUGUAGAAACAUGAUUUAUUUAGUUGAGGGUAUUGGAGUUACUUUCUCAUUGUCUCUGUUGUAUAAAUACACCAAAUUAAUCAUUAUGUUAUCUUAUGUUAAAAGGCUAGCUCUGAUAUCAUGUGCAUUUUAUGUUAACCUUUGGAUUAACUUAUAUUAUGCUAUGUUCAUAAAAUGACAUGAGAAAUAGAGGUUCUAAGAUCAGCCUCUCACUUUUGAGUAUAAAAAUAAGAGAGGGAGACAGACAGCCCCAGACAUGAGCUGUGUUUAUCUAUUGUGGUGAUGGGACCAGAGAUCUGUUGAACCUUUUUUAUGUUUAUUAUAGAUUUCUUUAUAUUCUGAGUAAGAAAAUAUUGUUGAUCAUCUUUUCUUGGUGAAGUUAAGAAAAAGUAUAGGCCUUUCAUAAAGAAUUUUUGGAAGGGGCUGCUUUGUUUAAGGAGUUGGUGGGAUCAUUUCACCGUGCAUAUUUCAAAGCUGGGGUGAUUUCAUUUCCAAAAUUUUUCAAAAGACUUUCACUCAGUUCUGCUGUUAUUUAUUAAGAGUGCUCCCAUCCCCAUAUUUUAGCUAUAGGAAAAAUUGUGCUACCCCUGAUUCAUAUGGAAUUAAAAAGAAAAUACACCCCUUUAUUUUGAGUUUUAAAGUAUUAUUUUGCUAUACAUUUACUGGAGUAUCUGGUGGUCUAAAAUAGUCAAAAUUAGAGUUGUUAUUAAAUGUUCCAAUGACAUUUAUUUUUAAUACUUAAAAAAUCAUGUACUUCGAAAUAUGUCAAAACAACUUCUGAUAAUAUACCUGAAUUUGUAGUUGUCUCUUGAGCAUCAUUUACUUCAUCUUAGAUAUAGUGAAGACCUAGGAAAGCUCUAUAUGCUGUUCUUUUCUACAGUUGUAUUUUUGCAGCAUCUCCUGGUUUCAUUCACUCUUGUUUUGGGAUUUUUUUUUAAUCUGCAUAUUUCUUGUACAUAUGCAUGCAAAUGAAAGAAGGGAGUUUGUACUGGUGCCAUUUCUCCCUUCAGUUGCUGGUUAAUGGGAUUUGCUAGAAAAAAUUCUCCCGAUUGAAGGGUGAAAACAGACCCUUAUGUGUAUAUCUGUACAGAGAUGUGUAUAUGGGAUGUGGUGGCACUUUGCUGAAUGUGAACUUGCCUUGUCAAUGGAAAGAUUGAAAAGUAUUAUGUUUAUUUAUACAUUUGUAUAAAUCUAUAUAUACACGUAUGUAUAUGUGUGUGUAUAGAUAAAGCUAUAUACAUAUAUUUCCCUUAAAAAUGUGUGUGUAUAAUAGGUAAACAGCCUUUGUUAAGCAAGAUUAAAGUCUAUGGAAAGUUCUGGAUUAUUCUGUAAGCCAGAGGAGGUGACAGUCUAGAGUACAUCAUCAGAACAGUAAAAUGGAAGUCCUUUGGAUUAUAGUCUUGUUUAUGGAUAUUACACAAUGAAUGCCUGUCUGAACAAUUCUUACUUGCCAGUUCCACUAUUCUUCAUCCUCACCACCUUCUACUGGUCAGUCUCUCAUCACUUAAAAAGAAAAAGAAAUCACACAUCAUUGUGGUUUUUUUCUCCUUAAUUCUGUCUUUUCUAGCCAGAAACUUUUGACUUAAGCAUAUUUCAUCAGCUUCUCUGUUUUCUUUGAAAGAUCUUUAUCUCUCAAAUUUUCCCAGAAGACACAAGUUUUGGUAAUAUUAUCAAUAGUAAUUUUGAGAAUUGGGCAUUCAUCUUUGUCUCAAAAACAAACAGAAAGCCAACCUUCAAAUAAAAUAAAUUUGAAAGUUUUACCUCAAUAAUGUGGGGGCAUUUUACUUAAAUUACAAGAGAACAUAAUUAUGAUUUUAUGAUUGAUAUUAGUGUUAGGUUUAUUUCCACACUUACUGUCAUUAAUUUGUCAUUUACAUAUUUUUAUUUGCUUUGUAGUUUAAUCAUAACUUCACCAUUUACAUUUUAAUGGAAAGCAUACAAGGUCACAUGUAAGCCUCUUGAAUUCUGUAACUAACUCAUUUUUCUCAUGAUGAAACUGCUUUGAUGAAUUCCUGUGUGAUGAAUUCUGCUAUAUUUCCUUUUGACUUUUCUCAGUUUGUGACAUUCUGUAUUAACUUUGCUGCAGCUCUCUAGAAAACUUGCAUCCCUAUAUAUUGUGCCUUUAAAGCUCUUAUGCACACACAGACAAAAGUGUAUAUAUACAUGUCAGAGCAUGUGUACAUAUGCUUUCAUAUGUACUCACACAGUAUGUCUCUAGUAUAUAUUGUGGGAGUAGAUAUAUAGAUAUUCAAAGGCAAUGAAAUAUUGCUCUCUAGAUAUAUAUGUAUAUAAAUAGUGUUGAUAUAACUGUAUAUACACAUGUAUAUGUAUGAGUUUUAAAUGGCAAUCUUUUACAUUUAGCAAAAUGCUGCCCCUACUGGAAUAUUGUCACUGCAGUGGCAGUUGUAUGUAAUGAUUUAAAAUACAUUAUCAAAAGUUAUUUAAAGAACAUUUAAAGUCUCAUCUAAAGACAUCCACACACUAUUUAUUUAUCUUCCUUUUCCUUUUAUUGUUGUGUUUUUCUUAACUGAAAGGGAGACUGUCAUUUUAAAAAUGCCAUCUGUCCCAUGAGAGUAAGAAAGAGCUGGAGAUUCACUUGAGGAGCUUUGUGCAUUUUUCCUCUCUCUGAAGUGGAGAUGUUCCACAGACCAGACUGUUUAUUUCACUUAUAAAGCGAUCCUAAUAUUUCCAUUAGUGUAUGUCAUCCACCAUCUCCUAGAUCAACUUAAUUCACCAAUUUGCCUCCUCCUUUCAUUAAUAAAUAAUGAUUAUUGAGAUCAUUUUGCCUGGAGGAAGUUAACUACUCUCAUGCUGCAGGGAAAUAUAUCACCUAAUUGUUAUUUUGCUUGUUCAAAAUUCAAAUUUGAAGGAAGGCAGCUCUCUCAUGAAGCUGUCUUAAGCACAUUUUAGUUAAGGGCCCUCCCAAACUCUUUUUUCUUUCUUUCUUUUCUUUUUUUUUUUGGCGAGUUCCAAGUUGCAUGUGCUUGAAAUAGAUUUAAUUCUUAUUCCCUAUGGUUUCAGGUAUUUUUCAUUAGUACAUCAAUUUGACACACUGAAUGCAAGACUAUUAAGGAAGAACUAUUGAAUAUUAUUUUAUUUUGUGAAGAGUUGGCAGCAGAUUACAUCUCAAGAACUUGCAGAGAGAGGAGGGUUAGAUGGACAAUCCUAAAUUGUAAGAUGUUAAAAAACAGUAAAGUAAGAGUACUCCUGAAGACUAAAAUAGAGAGGCUGGGGUUUGAGCCAUUUUACUGAGUAGCUUAGCUGGAACCUGAUAUCAGAAGUAGCCUUUAACAAAAAGCCUCUUGGCAAUUGUAUGGUACUAACAACUAGAGUACUGAAGUGUAAGUCGAAACCAAGUUGCAGUGGGAAAUCAAAGGUGAGGUAGCUUAUUUGAAACCAGCAAAUGAGACAGGUUGGACGGUUUUAAAAUCUCUUCUAACAAAGAAACUGCACGGUAGCAAGGACUAGCGGUUCUCAAAGCCCUUCUUUUUCAGUGUUCUCAUUCACCUUGGCACACAAGUAUGUUUAACAGACCAUGCAUUAAAAAUAAAUACAAAAAUAUAAAAGCUGCUUAAAGGGAACUUACAAACUGAGAAUCUCUCCUCUGUAUUUGUGUUCCUAGUGGCUGCGAAUUUAAUUAUAUGCACAAAAGUUAGGAGCCACUUGUUUCUGCACAGACUGUAGGAGCAAGAUGAGGAGAUGGGCAGGUUUUGGUAAGAGCCCCCAGUUCUAGUGGAGAGGCAUACUUGUGGUAUUGGGUGCGGCACUGCUGGGGGAGACCACGUUUUGGGAGGCGAUUGGCUUUUGGUUUGUAAUUUCCCUUUAAACAAGAAGAGAUGGCUCACAUUUUCCAUAUAUAUCUCAAUGAAUGUACUGUAUUACUGUUUUAAAAAAUUUGAUGAAAUAAUAAUGAAUUGGUCUCCUUUUGUUAUCUGGUCCUUGUUUAAUUUGUUUAAGGGUUUUUGUAUACAAAAGUUUACAUUUUUAUGUAUAUUUUUCUUGUGUAAAAACUGAUGUAAUAUGUGUAUGAAACACUGUAUGUAUUAUCUGUAUAUAGUGUGACAAAAUCAUUUUUCUUUCUUUCUUUUGGAUGUAUUAAUAAAUCUUGCUGUGAAGUA